UUUCGAAAUUUGCCCAUUCAUAUUUAACCAAGCACAGGCCAACAGCUUGUCAGUCCGAAAACAACAAUUUAUUGAGUCGGUAGUCUUUCUAUUUGGUUUCUGUUUGUUGUUUCGCACAAAGUCGCAUAAUUUUCGAUAUUCCGGAAUUUAUAAUCGAAAUAAUUGAGUAGUUUGUUCCAAAAAAUUCGCGAAAAGUUUGAUAGUGAAGUGUUUUUGGUUUUUUUUUAAUACAUUUAUUACAUUUGUGUCCAUUUUUGUAUCUGUUUGGUUUCAAAAUGUUUACAUCUACAAAACAGUGCUAUUGCAAGCUGAUCCUCCAAUUUCAACACAAGCUGAAGCAAACAUCCAAGCAGGCUUCUAGAGCGUGCUCAUUGAAAGUAAAACAAAUCAUUAACGAACCUCUGCUCGAAGAAAGAAAGUAUGAUGAAACUGAUGAUGAGACUGACAGUGAAAUAACUUUCAGGUUUAAAGAUUUAACAACAACGCUGUGCAAUCCGGACCAACUGAGAGCCAAACCUGACGUGGCUGACUUGAAAUUCGGACAUGUAUUCACUGACCAUAUGAUGAAAGUUUUCUACCACAAAAAAUUAGGCGGUUGGCAAAAACCUGUGAUAAUCCCUUUUGAAAAUAUAUCCCUGCACCCUGCUGCAAAAGUUCUACAUUAUGCUGUAGAGUUAUUUGAAGGAAUGAAGGCUUACAGAGGUGUAGACGACAAAGUAAGGCUAUUUCGUCCAGAUUUGAACAUGAAAAGAAUGAACAGAUCUGCACAGAGUUCGGGACUUCCAACGUUCCAAGAAGAAGAGAUGAUAGAAUGCAUUAAACGCUUAAUACAAGUUGACGAAGAAUGGGUACCUCACAGUGAGGCGAGUAGUCUGUAUAUCAGACCAACAUUCAUUGGUAUAGAUGGUACACUAGGAGUACAUCAAUCCGAUUCUGCCUUGCUUUACACCAUUUUGUGUCCUGUAGGUGGUUAUUUUGAAGGAACCAAGGAAUCAGUAUCAUUAUUAGCUGAUCCUUCUUAUGUAAGGGCAUGGCCCGGUGGAUCAGGAGAUAAAAAAGUUGGCUCAAACUAUGGUCCAACAAUCAGGGCUCAGAAAAAAGCUAACCAAAAAGGACUGCAACAAGUUUUGUGGCUCUACGGACCGGAUCACCAGAUCACAGAAGUGGGGACCAUGAACAUAUUCCUCUUUUACAAAGAUGAAUUUGGAGUUAAAAGACUUGCAACUCCGCCACUGACUGGGCUGAUUCUACCGGGAGUGAUCAGGCAGUCGAUACUGCAAUUGUGUGAACAGUGGGGUGAAUUCGUUAUAGAGCAGAGAACCAUAACAAUGGCCGAAGUAAUAAAUCUUCAGCUAUCGGACAGAUUACUGGAAAUGUUUGGUUCAGGAACAGCAGCCAUAGUCAGCCCUAUAAGUUCUAUAGAAUAUCUAGGACAAACAAUACAAAUACCAACCACAGAACACCAAAACCCUUUAUAUAGAAGAGUUAGAGAAGAACUAAAAGCAAUACAAUACGGACACAUAGACCACCCAUGGGCCCCAAAGAUAGAUUGAUAACUAUUUAUUAAAUACAAGUACUUCUCUCAGGGUACCUAAUUGUAAAUAUUGAUUUUUUUGGAUAGUUUUACACAAACUAUAUUAAAAUUCAACUAGAAA